AAUUCACAACAAACAAAAAUACUAUAUUGAGUUAUAACAAACAUUAAAAUCCUCAAAUAUCAUACACCCGGUUCAAACACAUUCGUGGCCUAAUACGAAUAUCAUCAGGGGCGGUUCCAUCCGCCCCCAUCAUAUUAGUGGUCUAAUACGAAUAUCAUCAGGACGGCUCCAGCACAUUAGUUGCCUAAGAGGAUACGAUACAUCGUCAUGUCUAUGUCUUCUAUGUUUAGUAGACCAAGAUUGGUUGUUAAGAAAGUUUUGGCUAGAGCUCAAAAUGAAGGUGAUGGUGCUAUUGUUAGGAGAAGCAUUGGAAGGCCUGAAUUGCAGAAUCUUGAUCCAUUCCUCAUGUUAGAUGAGUUUAAUGUCUCACCGCCUGCUGGCUUUCCUGACCAUCCACACAGAGGUUUUGAAACUGUUACUUACAUGUUGCAGGGAGCUUUUACUCAUCAAGAUUUUGCUGGUCACAAGGGUACAAUCAGAACUGGUGAUGUUCAGUGGAUGACAGCAGGGAGAGGUAUAGUGCACUCAGAAAUGCCUGCUGGACCAGGUUCUCAUAUGGGCUUACAACUUUGGAUAAAUCUAUCUUCCAAGGAUAAAAUGACUGAGCCAAGGUAUCAAGAACUGCUACACGGAAACAUACCGAAGGCAGAAAGGGAUGGCGUUUCAGUCACUAUUUUAGCAGGGGAAUCCAUGGGCGUAAAGUCUCAAAUUUUUACACGAACACCUACAAUGUACCUUGAUUUCACCCUAAAAUCGGCUUCUGAGCAUCACCAACCGAUCCCCGAGUCAUGGAAUGCCUUCGUCUACAUAGUCGAAGGAGAAGGUGCAUUUGGUUCUCCGGAUUCAACGCCUACACCGGCUCACCAUUGCUUGGUUUUAGGCUCUGGUGAAGGCCUAAGUGUGUGGAACAAAUCUUCAAAGCCAUUGAGAUUUGUUCUGAUAGGAGGGCAGCCGAUUAACGAGCCGGUCGUGCAGUAUGGUCCAUUUGUUAUGAACACUAAGACUGAGGUUAUGCAGGCUUAUCAAGAUUAUCAGCUUGGAAAAAAUGGAUUUGAAAGGUCAAGGCACUGGUAUUCUAAAUAAGUAAACUAAGUUGCGCGGACUACUCUUCACUUACGAUGCUGCAUCCGUCUCGGAUUCUUCAAAAAUACACUGUUCUUGGAGAAUUCGGCAUUCAUCCGCUGACAUUUUUGAAGAGUUCAAGCAACGUAGUAAGUAAACAUAGGUUGUUAUAGUCUUUGUUUUCAUUUGAAAUGUCAUGAGCGUUGAGUGAAGUUUAUUAGUAGUAUUCAUUUCCUUCAUUUGUUCAAGAUUGUAUUGAUAGUAAUUUAUGUUGAGUUCUUGAAUGAUACCUUGCCUAUUUUGUUUGGAUCAA